CAAAGGGCAACAAAUAUUUAUCCAAAGUAUAACUUGAUUGGUAAAACGGAAACGAUUCGGCUAUCGGACCGACUGAUGUUGGGAAUAGCUUGCUGUGGAAAGCAGAGGAGCGAAGAAUGAACGAAUAUUUUUCAAGCAAUGUCGCAAACACGGAGAAGCCGAAGGCAGUCUUAUGGCCAGAGAAGACCGUCGCUUGCAGUCGUUCUCAAAAGGAUUCUUGAGGGAUAUCCCGACGGCGGACAGAUACUUAAGGAAUUGAUUCAAAAUGCUGACGAUGCUGGUGCAACGGAAGUGAAAUUCUUGUUCGAUUCACGUGACAAUGCCUUCGGCACCUCUUCUCUUGUCAACGUUGGUUUGUCCAAGUUCCAAGGACCAGCCCUGUAUGUUUAUAACAAUGGUCUCUUUAAAGCGCAGGACUGGGUUGGAAUUGAGAGCAUCAUGCAGGGAUCCAAGAAAAAGGACCCAGUGGCGGCAGGGCGCUUUGGGGUUGGAUUCAACUCGGUUUAUCACGUGACAGAUCUGCCUAGCGUCAUCAGUGACCACCAUAUCGCCUUCCUUGACCCGCAAGAGACCUAUUUUGGAACAGGAGAAACUGGUAGACGGUACGAUAUUCGCGAACCUCUGAUGCAUCAAUACAGGGAUCAGUUUUCACCUUACGAAAAUGUCCUUGGUUGCGACAUCUCUUCUGGAUAUUUUAACGGGACGUUGUUUCGUCUUCCUUUACGAAAAUGGCCAUCUAAAAUAUCGAUUAAGCCGUACACAGCGGCCAAGGUCAAUGGCCUCUUUGAGUCCUUCAUGGAGGAAGCGCCGGUAAUUUUACUUUUUCUGAAGAGUGUGGAGACCAUAAGUAUCUACGAGACCAGCUGGACUGAGAAGGAAAGGAAGAUCUUCACCGUGCAAAUCAAAGACGAGCUAAGAGAGACGGUAAGGGAAGUGAAAAGAAAGUUUAUUGAAGCUGCUACAGGUUUCCUUGCCAAGCCUAUUGAAAUGAGUUAUGAGACGACGGUGGAAAUCAACAGACCAGACAAGUACGAGCGACAAUUCAAAUUCAUGGUCUUGAAUCGGGUUGGGCAUGAAAGUAUGAGAUUGGGAGAGCUUUCUUCAUCUCUUGGGCUGAUUCCAUGGGCAGGAGUUGCAGUAUCACUGCACCCAACUGGUGAGAAUACCAGGAUAGGAACUGGACGGGUGUUCUGCUACCUUCCUCUCCCUGUCGAUUCAGAGUGCAAAACAGGUCUGCCAGUGCAUAUUCAUGGAGCCUUUGGACUUACGGAUAAUCGAAGAAACCUCAAGUGGCCCGGUCCAGAAAGCCAAAGCGACGACGCAGCGGAAUGGAAUGUUUUUCUCACACGGAAUGUAGUCAGCAAAGCCUAUGCAAGCCUUAUUGUGGCGCUCACCCAAUCACAGUGCCCAAGUGAGGAAUUGCGUCCGAUAGUUCACAGCAUUUGGCCAGACCUGGAUCGCGUCCAAGGUCAUUGGAAAGUUGUCUUAAGGCCUUUCUUCACAGCCCUGGUUGAUAAAGCGGCGUUUUGGACCCAAUCUCUUGGCGGACGAUGGAUUACCCUAGAAGAGGGCGUUUUGGACCGUCUGGAAUGUUCCCCAAACAAAGUACGCGACGAAGUUCGUGAAGUAGUUAUUGAGACACUCCUCCAAGCUGACGAACCAGUGAUAUCACUUCCUUCACAAGCUCUGAAAGCUGUUGACGAAUACGUGGAACAUCGAGUAAGGAGACCUCAAGAAAUCACGCCAUCUUAUGUGCGCGCUGUUUUAAAAGGGGAUCGGCCUACUGAAUUGAGCUCGCCAAAUAGUAACGGGUUUAGUGGGAACGUAACGACACCUAGAAGUUCACCUGGAGACCUGCACCCUAGUACAAAACUGGACAUUUACGAGCUCAAAGGUAUGGACAGAGACGAUCGGGUGCCAAGUAAUCAAGGCAGGGUAAACUUUGAACGUCUGAGUAGGAAGGAGAAACUGUGCCUCUUAGAAUUCAUUCUCAUGGAUCGUAACUUCGCGGAACUUUCUGGCCUUCCUCUUCUCCCUCUUGCUGAUGAAACCUUCCAAGAGUUUCGAAGUGACGUGCAUGGAUACGACCCAAAGAGCAGUAUAUUGAUUGCAUCUCGCAGUCAUCCAAGAAGUCUUAUUCCAGGAAGUGAUCAUAGAUUCUUAGAUGACAGAACAGAAGGAAGCGUGCUAGAAACCUUGCGUUCUGUCGCAGGGAAAAUUGAAAGAAGACUUUCAGGACCCACCCAGCUUGUGAAACUAACACCGUCUCUUGUCCCAAAGUUAGUUCACGAAAGUAUGCCUGAAAUUUGGAAAAGCAGUUCUGUUGUGGUACCUUGGAAUCCUAAAGAUGAAUCUUUGCCUGGUGAUGUGUGGCUGCGGGGAUUAUGGUCAUGGCUUAAAACAGAAUUUCCAAAAGAUCUCACUGCAUUUGAAACCAUCCCUCUUCUUCCACUUGCAGAGGGAAGGAUGGAGAAGCGUUACCUUAUAAAGCUUAAGAAAGAUCACUGUGUGAUUCAAAGCUCGUCGUAUUUUGGGUCUUUACCAAGGAUCGUGGCAACUGCACUUCAAAAGGCAGGCUGUAUUGUUCUUCCCCACUUGCCUCCAUUCUGUGAUCAUGCAGCGUUAAAGAAUUACAUCGAACCACCAACCCCUUCUGGAGUUAUAAAAGUAUUAGCAACGGUCAUGAAUGAGCCAGGGAAUGACAAUCUCAAUAACUGUUCCGCAGAAGAGAAGGUAGCCAUUAGAGCAUUCUUGUCGAGCUUAAGAAAUCCUUCUGAUGACGAAGUAGUGGCGUUGAUGACGUUGCCAAUCUUUCAAGCUUUGGACGGCACAACUUUUACAUCAGUGCAGCCAGGUGGACCCCUGUCGGGUACGAAACUCGACGUUGCCCCUCCACGAUUGCAUUUGCCAUCGAGUACGAAGAUCCAGUGCUCGCACCAGAUACUCUCCGCUAGUGACGAUGACUCAUACCAGCUGUUGCGGCGACUUCCACUGCGAAUCCUGAACACUUCAGACCUCUUGAUCGACAAAAUAUUUCCUUACAUCGAAGACGGAGGAUUUUACACUCGAGAACAAGUUUCAGACUUGAUGUUCUGGGUAAUCCAAAGACUUCCUGCCCUAUCAAGCGACAACAAAGCCUUCCCGGAACAUUUGAAGAACGUUCGGUUUGUUCCAGUUGCAAACGGGAGUUUAAAACCGCCGUGCGAAUUGUACGAUCCCGAAGAUGAAGUCAUCCAGAAGCUUUUUGAAGGUGAACCCGACGUGUUUCCCGCUCAAGAGUUUGCCAAAGCUCACGCACUAAGCUUGCUUCGAGUCUUCUUGGGUCUUAGGCGAAGUCGUUCCUUAGAAGCCAAAGACAUCCUUCUAAUAGCAAAGCAGAUCACACAAGCUCCCGAACAGUCAGCUCUAAGAAGGGCCGAGGCAUUGUUACAGUUCUUAAAUGACAACUCAUACCUUGUUGAAUACGAGGUACUGUUAGAAGAAAGCUCCGGAUCAGCGAAGAAAGUUUCCCUUGGAAGCAUAUUAUCAAGCUUACCCUGGCUUCCUGCGUCCAAAGAGCCACUUAGCAAGUAUCCGACAUCUAUGCCUUGGUUUGGUGUGGCAAGAAGGCUGUACUCUCCAAAGGAUAUGAGAGAUGCGGACAUGGUGAACAUUGUUGGCUCAGCUAUGCCGGUGCUUAGAGGAAGUCUCGAUGAGAAACUCAAGAAAGCCUUCGGAUGGUCAUUUCCGCCACCAAUUUCCUACGUCCUAGCGCAGCUGAAAGGUGCUAUUACUACUUGGCAACAGCAAGUGCACAAAUCUUCUGAAAUUGAAUUGCUCAAGUUCCAAGCGAUGCUCAAGGAUGUCUACAGCCACCUCUCCAGCGAAAUUGUCAUAGCUGAAGCCGUAUUAGUUCUAAAGGAACAUUCGUUUUUGCCUUGGGUAUGGCAUGGUUCUGGUUUCGCCAAGCCCGGCUGCAUUGCGUUAAAAAGCGAGUGUCUUCUGGAUCUACGACCCUACAUCUUCGUACUAUCUGACGAUUUCCAGAGCUACUCCGCCUUCUUUGAGCGCUGCGGUGUUCAAGAGACGUUCAAUGAGUCAUCAGCCUUAGACGUCUUGUACAUGAUUCGAGACUGGCACUCGGAAGAGAGACGAAGUAUUGAGGAGGUAAAGCGCGAUCUUCGACUGACUCGCGAUGUUCUGGACUUCCUGACACAAGAUGAUACACCUCUUCCCUCGGACAUUCGUAAAAGAGUUUUAAUUCCCAUCCAAACGGAGGACGACAGGCUUAUUCUUCAACCAUGUACUGAUGUCAGCUUUUGCGAUGCCGAGUGGCUGAGACAAGGCAACAGCGAUCCCAAUAUAAGUGACGUUGCUUUUCUUGUACACAAAACCAUUUCCACUGGUACUGCACAGCUUUUAGGGACACCUCCUUUAAGCAGGAAGUUAGCAGUUACUGAGACCCUCGGCUUUCAGCAGACUGGACCAUUCGAGCCAGUAACCACUAGACUGAAAAAUAUUAUUAAAGACCACACUGAUGACAUGGCGACCUUCAAAGAACUAAUCCAGAAUGCAGACGAUGCGGGAGCAACGGAAGUUAAGUUUCUACUUGAUUGGAGGAAAAACAAGGCCGAGAAGCUCUUGUCUCCUGGAUUAUCCGAGACACAAGGACCAGCGCUGUGGGUAUACAACGACGCUCUUUUUACAGACAGAGACUUUGAGAACAUCAACAAGCUUGCUGGGGCAACCAAAAUAGGAAAUCAAGACAAGCUAGGCCGCUUUGGAAUAGGAUUUUGUACAGUCUACAAUAUCACUGACCUUCCAAGCUUUAUCAGUCGUGAAUUCAUUGCCUUUUUUGAUCCACACACAAGUCAUUUAGGAGACCUUAUCAAGGACAAGUUUCGUCCCGGUAUCCGUCUGAAUCUCAAAAGCAACGCAGUGGCACUCGGCGCUUUUCCAGAUCAGUUUAAACCUUACCAAGGAGUAUUCGGAUGCACAUUUGAGAAGAAGGGAGAACCAUUCUUCUAUGACGGAACACUUUUCAGGCUGCCAUUAAGGACGAUGAGACAGGCCAGUGAAAGCGAAAUUUGUAACAAGUACUACAACGAGCAGCAGUUUACUAAAUUGAUCUCGGGCCUUCAGGAAAAUGCGUCCAAGAUGUUGCUCUUCCUACAGAAUGUCUGUAAGAUAAGUUUCUUCCAGAUAUCUUCCGAUCAAGAUCCUUCACUUCCGAAUGCAGUGUUUGAGGUGGAAAAGGAAACAUUGGAGACGUUCUCGUCGACUAGAAAUCCAGACAACAGUAUACCAUCGGAGGAAAACAAUAACCAUGUUUCACUUGAAGCUGAUCUUAAUGGAAGCUGGGUCUUUGAACAGCAAUCGCAUGAAUACCGUACCAGUUCAUCAAGAAUAGUGUCAAUUAAGUCUCAAGUCUACCCUAGCGGUUCGUGGGUGGCUUCACGAAAUCAACUAGCGAAAGAGGUUUGGUUCAUAAGUUCAUGUUAUGGCAAUAGGAAAUCACUGGAAAUGGCAAAGAGUGAAGAUGGGAAGCUCAACGGUUUACUACCGAAAGCUGAGGUUGCUGCUCUGUUAGGCAACGACAACAAUAAGCGGUGGAGACCAGAGACAAUAGUGGGUGAAGCAUUUCUUGGCCUACCCCUGGGCGUGGAAACAGGUUUUCCAGUUCAUGUGAACGGAUGCUUCGCUGUGACAACCAAUCGCCGCAAUCUCUGGGAAGAUACCAGUGGUGGUCAUUCUUUACAAAAGCCGAUUGAAGUUCUUUGGAACCAAUACCUCUUAGAAGACGCUGCUUCCAAGGCUUACGUUCAACUUCUAGAAGGAAUUGUUAGUCUCCAUCGACAAGGAAAUGUGGUGGAAUUUCCAUUUGACACUCUUUGGCCAGAUACACAAAAAGCGCCAUCCAAGACUUGGUCAAAGUUUGCUGACAGUGUUUAUCAGAGCAUAGCCAGUAGUCCAGCCCCAAUUUUAAAGAGUCAGUCCCAGUGGGUAUCUGUGGAGGAUGGCGUCUUUUUGGACGACAAUGUGACCAGGCUUCCUGAAAGCUACCCUAUAAUGUGUAAGUGUGGCUACAACGUGGUUCAGCUUCCAAGAUUUAUUUCCAACGCAUUUCACCAAGGUCUCCAACAAGCGGUUGUUGACCAGACAGUUACUCUUGACAAGUUUGUUUGUGACGUCUUUUUUCCAAAUAUUGCCAAACUGCCAAACAACCUGAGAGAUCCAAUCACAUGCCACGUACUGGAUGAAUAUUUGCGGGGUUCUCACAAGUACGCGAAGCCUUUGCGAGAAUCGCAAUGUAUUCCGACUUCAUCAGAGGGUUAUCAACUUUCUCGGCCUGGAGACCUAAUUGAUCCUACUGGAGCUGCCAGCAGCCUAUUUCUUGAGGAAGAGAAUAUCUUUCCAACUGGAGCCAGUUUCCUCAGACCAGAACGACUCGUCGCAUUGAAAAAGCUGGGAAUGGUAGACAGUUUGUUGACAUGGAAAUGGAUUUGUGAAAGAGCUGUGUUCAUUGCCGCGUUGGCCACCCAUGACAAAGACAAAGCCCUGCAGAUAUCAAGGAACCUACUUAAAUAUUUGAACGACAACAUGUGUAAGUUAUCUCCACCAAGCCCAACACAACGCAAACAACUUUCAGAGAUUUAUUUUCUUCCUGUUAUGGCUAGACCUACUGAGUACUGCCUGCCAUGGAAGGGUUCAGAGGAAGGUGUACAGAAACUACUAUCUGCAGCAGAGUUUGUCCGCGACGACUCUAUCUUUUUGUUAGGAUCGGUACACCCAGUCUUGGACGAGUCCCCAGAGACAGGCUGUGACCGUGUGGGCAAAGAUGUUGCUAAGCUAUUAGGAUUCACAAGUCAUCGCGCAACCGUGAACGACGUCCUUUUGCAACUGUAUUAUGCUGUACAAGGCCUGGUUACGCAUGACCCCGCCAACAGAGAAUGUAUAAGAAAGAUUUGCCUGGCCGUUUAUCAAUUUCUCCAAGAGCGAAUCAACACAGCAGACAAACAAGUGAUUCAAGACCUUUUAAGCGGAAAGCCAUGGAUAUUUGUCGAGAGCAAGUUCGUGACACCAAAUCAAGUAGCCUUUUCAUGGAAUAACAAUGGAGCUCCUUUUCUUUACUGCCUUCCAGAAGAUUUCACUUUGAAAUUCAAGGAUCUCUUUAAAGCACUUGGGGUCCAGGAAUCCUUUUCUGGAGAGGAUAUGGUCGAUGCUCUUUUCGUCCUCGAGGAGAGAAAACAAGGUCAGCCCCUUACAUCACAAGAGUUUAAGACUGUGAAAGCCUUCCUGGAGGAGAUCGCAAUGAUGAAUACUGGUGCCCUGAGUUCCUAUUCGGGUCAACUUCCCUUGCCAAAUGCAGAUUUAGUCCUAACACCUGUGGGGGAGCUUGCCAUCAACGACGCUCCUUGGAUGCCCCAGCAAGACCAAAAAAGAUGUGUUCACAGCGACAUCUCCGGGAUAUUAGCCCACAGAUUAGGAGCCCAUACUAUUCGAGAACAAAAGUUGGAUAGAUAUUCCCACUGCAUCGGAAGACCAUUUGGUCAGAGUGAACGCCUUACGGAUCGACUGAAAAAGGUACUGGAGUCAUAUCCAUGUGACGUGGGAAUUCUUAAAGAGAUUAUCCAAAACGCAGAUGACGCUGGGGCCACAGAGGUACAUUUUGUACAUGACCCGCGCCAACAUGGUACCACCCGUGUGCUGUCGGAACGAUGGAAAGAACUCCAAGGGCCUGCACUAUGUAUUUACAAUGAUUGUGCGUUCACUGAACAGGACAUUGAGGGCAUACAGAGGCUUGGCAUCGGAAGCAAGACUGACAGCCCUGAAAAGACCGGAAAAUAUGGAAUCGGGUUUAACGCGGUGUACCAUAUUACUGAUUGCCCAAGCUUUGUUACAAACGGCGAAACACUGUGUGUUCUCGAUCCUCACGCCCGAUACGCACCUGACGCAACAAUGGAGUUCCCAGGACGUCGAUUUGAUCCGCUUGAUGAAGAGUUCUGGAACAAUUUUGCUGAUGUUCGACCCUGCUACCUAGAAGAGUUUUUUGAACUGCAAAACUCUACCAUGUUCCGUCUUCCUAUAAGAACGGAUUUGACUGCUAAAGAGUCCCAAAUCUCCUCCAAGGCUUUCACUUCUUCGAGCAUUGAUCAACUGCUCACUAUUUUUGAAGGUGAGAUCCGCGAUAUCCUCCUCUUCCUCAGUAGUGUCACUAAAAUAAGCAUCUCCAGAAUAGAAAAUGGCAGAUUAGUAAGACGAUACGAAGCAGCCGCAAAAAUUUCAACCACAGAUGUACCGAAGAUCCAUGCCCUUGACGCAGAAGUCAUGCGAUGCAGGAAUCUGAAAACCAAUAGCAUUCCAUGGUUUGGAAUUACGUACACCAAUACCAUUCAAGAUACCCUUGGAAGAAGAGAGGAAUGGCUUAUUCAUCAGUGCCUUGGUUCUCGUUUGCAUGGCGAAAAACCAGUAAUUCCAGAAGGAAACAAGUACGGUCUGCUUCCCCGAGCAGCGGUGGCAGCCCGUGUGGCCACAAAUGAUAUGCCAUCACGACGAAGACGUUCCUUAAGUGAGCACAAAACCAACCAAGCCAGCAAGACUCAUCGCGCGUUUUGCUUCCUCCCGUUACCGGUUGAAACAGGUCUCCCUGUUCAAGUUAAUGGGCAAUUUAUACUUGAUAAUUCUAGACGGAAUCUUUGGAAAGAUGAAGGCGGUCAGGGUCAGAGAACUCAGUGGAACAACUUCAUCAAGAACCACGUUUUAGCACCAGCCUAUGUGGAGUUGAUUGUCAGUGCAAGGGCCUACAUACCUGGAAUUUCACAGGGAGAUCCAUGGUACUUCAAUCAUAUCACUGAUUCCACGAGUGGCUUGAACUGGUACCAAAGCAUCUUUCCUGAACCAGACAGCAUUCACACUGAAUGGAAGGGUAUUGCCACAACCGUGUACAGACUGCUAGCGAGCUCUAACCAACCUGUACUUCCCAUUAUCAGAGAGGAACCACCGCUCAUUGAUGUUGCGUCUCCCAAUCGUAGCUUUAGUAAGUAUGGCACAAAACCACUCUGUCCAUGCUUGUGGGUUCCACCCUGUAGCGACAAAGACGAACAACAAGCAUUUUUCAGCCUCCUUUCCAACCCAGACCUGGAAAAACUGCUAUUGAAGGUUGGCGUUCCAAUCGUUAAGGCUUCGCCGAAAAUCUACUCAAAUUUUAAAGAAGCAACCGCAACUGUAAAAACCGUGAGUCCCGACAUCGUUUUGGCGUUCCUUGCAAAAGCUACGCGUUACAUUGAUGUGCUUCCCUGUUCAAUUGAUAAUACCACCUUUAAACAUGCCAGUUGUCUCAAACUACUGAUGGAAUACUGCAUGAAGGAUGAAUACUUCCUACAACGUUUAAAUGGGUUGCCUCUCCUUCUUACCGACGACGAAGUACUAAGAAAAUUUGAUUCCAAUAAUCCAGUUUUCCUCACACCACAUUCAAGUCUAGUGUCUUCACAGAAAGACCUCUUUGUCCAUAGAGAAUUCACUCCACUGUUUUCCAAGUUUCCAAGAAAUGACAUUUGGAAAUCCACAAUCUUCAAACGUUUUGACACGAAAUCGAUUGCGCCAUAUCUGAUCCAAAUCCUUCCAUCAAGGUGGUUUGCGGCCGACAAGCAAGUUCCAUGGGAACCAAGCGAAAAUAGUGUACCAUCUGUUGAGUGGUUGACAACGUUGUGGGAAAUGAUUAUCACAACAUACCAAGAGCGACAGUCAAGCUUUGAAGACCGAGAAGACGCAACCGAAACUCUUCGUCCACUCGAGGACUGGCCCAUUAUCCCUACCUCUAAUGGCACCCUUGCGCCAGUGUCCCUCGGUAAAACCGUGUUGGAUUUGAGUACCCGCAUUUACGAUGAAGACAGGAUGGUAAGAAUUCUGUGCAAGCUUGGAAGUGCUCAACUGGAUUUUACAGUUCUUUCACGAAUAAACAAAGAUGAUGCAUCACUGAUCGUAUCACCCCACCUCGCAAAGCCAUACUCAAGACAAGAUGUGGUCAGUAUUUUACAUUACUUGUCCAAAGGUGAUGUAUUUAAAUGCGAACUUGCACAAGCAGAAAUCGUGACUCUCCUAAGAUUCCUGCAAGAGGACGUAACCACCGUGUAUAGCAACCAAUCCCUUUUGAAAAAGCUUCCGCUGUACAACACGUUGAAUGGUAGACUUGUCAGUCUUGAUUCGUAUGCCUUUUCAUAUGUUGUUGACUUGCCACAGUGCGUCUCACUGGAAGAGAUUGAAGGACGUGUAGAGAAAGAAAGCUGUGUGCUCUUGGAAGCUAUUCAAGAAAUUGAACCUCUGUACAAGGCAUUGGACAUCAGCCACCUUACGCAAGUAGAUGUCUUUGUGAAGUAUAUCCUGCCAAAUCUUGACGCAAUCUCAGCGUCAGGUGUUCAAGAAGUGUUGAUGUACAUCAGGGACACACUCCUUGUCACCUUGAAGAGUUCAAGUGAGAGGACCACGUUACUCGAUGCUCUUCGAGAAGCCUGUAUUUUUCACGAUGGCAGUAACCGACUUGUUCCUGCGAGCCAAUUUUACGAUCCUGAGAAUCCUGUAUUCAAAGAAAUGGUCCCUCUGAGUAAUUUCCCACCAGGAGAGUACCGACUGUCAAACUGGCUUCCGUUGCUUCGGCAGAUUGGAUUGAAGCACAAUGUUACACAACAGGAAUUCCUUCAGUUUGCCGAAUCGUUGGCCUCUGAAGCAAAAGCCAGGUACAGGGAUCCCCAAAUAAGGGAGAAGUCAAAAACACUCGUGACAUGUCUGUUUCAACAAGAUGAUUUGCAUGAUGCCAGCUUUCUACAUGUUGUUUCCAGCAUCAAAUUUGUGGCAGCUGAGAUUGCCUCAGACGCACUGAAAGCCCUACAACCACAACUUGCUUGCCUUAAAAAGGAAGACGUUCCACCUUUCACCGAGUUCCAUGGCGCCUUACCCUGUGAACAGCAGAAACUUGCGUGGACUUGCGUUCCCCUUCUUCCAACUUGGGCUACUCCAAAUACUGCCGAAAAACAAGUAUUGGAAGACCUCGGAGUUUCCCUUCUGCCUCCGCUGGAUAAAGUUAUCAAUCACGUUGCUGUUCUGACAAAAUCACACAGUGGAAAUGUUCAUAAAGACACCCCAAAGGACCAAAGGGAGCUUCUUCAUGACGUCAUAUACGAGGCAUUCAGUUUCUUGAAAAGUGAAUGCAAUUGCCCAGGAACCUCACUGUCUGAAAGAUGCAACAAGUCUUGUCUUGCUGUUGGCAAUAUUCUCAUGAAAACGGCAUGCAUUCCUGUGGAAGAGGGCCGCGUGUUUGUGGAGGGGAAUCAGCUAGCGUUUGAGACCACAACGGAACUGCCACCUUUCUUCUACAAGGUACCUCGGGAGUAUGGUCAUUUUGAGCACUUACUCAAGAGACUGGGAGCAAAUGAAAAACCAACGCCAUUACAGUUUGCCGAUAUCUUGGGAAGGUUGAAGGAGCUUUGCGAAGACAAGCACAUGGAACCUAACGAGAAAAGAGUGGCCAGGGAGGCAACGCAUGGAUUUUUUACCACUCUGUCACAGCUAGUGAAAGAAAAAAGCGAAGAAGCAGCAACGAGAUAUCUGCUAUUACUAAAUGAUCUGUACUUACCCAGCAAGGACGGUUUUCUUAAACCAUCAAACGAACUAAUUUUUCACGACUGUCCAAGCUUUGAACGGCGUGCAAGAGACUUUGCCGGCGAUUUUGUCGAUAUAAGUCGGGAAGGAGAGUUAACUGCAGAUCGGCUAUCGUACCUUCUCGGUCUUCUACCAUUGCGUCUCAGGGCCAAGACCAUCCAGAAUUUGCUGCGGGAGGAGAUACAUCCGAGCUGUAGAGAUAAGCGGUGCAUAGUAGACAACUCUCUUGGCGCAGAUCCCUGCCCAUUCGUUAACAGAUAUCGAAACAUCUUGCUUUCUCCUAAGCUAGUGAAUGGGAUUCUUCGUGUUAUCCGCCAUCAGAGACAAACUCCCAAUCUACCGCAGGAAGUCAAAGAACAAGUACAGGUCCUUUGUAGCUCCCUGAGUGUGACGUGCAUGGCAUCACUUGACACUCACUUGAUACACCUGGAAUCUGGCCGCCCGCUUCAGCACAGUAACGAAAUGCAAGACUGUUUCUUAGAAGAGCAGAAUGGGGAAUGGGAGUUGUUUAUUAGGCAUGGCACUGACGAAAAUCCCCUCCACAUCCAACUAUGCUUUCAGGUGAAUCGUUUAAUUCAUAACCAAAUCGAGAAGGAGAUCUAUCUUCAGGCAAUGCUUGCAUGCAGGGUCCCAGACGAGAUACUUCCAUCACUUGACAGAUGUGGCGUAGCUCAAGAUCUCAUGGGAAGCGAGGCGCGGACGACGGAGCCUGUUCUUGGAUCCGAGAUUCCUGUUAUGUAUCAUUAUCUUCUCAGGCAAGAUAUCCAGUACUUCUUUCGACAAGGUGAAAUCGUUGGCUACGAGAAAGAGCGAAGAACUGAAGAUGGCAGAAUUGAUGACAGUGAACCUCUCUACGUCUACGCAAAAGUAGUUAGGAAAGUACCAAAUCGUAAACGGUCCAUGGAGACAAGCAGAUUUAACUUCAAGGCUAAAUAUCGCAUUGAUAUUGGAGAGCCUCGCCUUGUUGAAGUCAGUGUACUUGACCUGUACAAGUUCGAUAGAUCAAGUUCUGAAGUGCCCAAUGCGGUACCUGAACUCUCGGACUCGCGUGAAGUGACAUUAUUCACUGGAGACCCCAAGGAAUCAGAGCGUCGAGCGGCGAGCAGAAAUGAACGCCUUGAGAGUGCAAAGAAAGAAAUCAAAGAGACCCUAUGGGAAGCUUGGAAGUUACCGGAAAAUGAAAGAAGAAAGGUCAUAAAACGUUUGUUUCUUCGAUGGCAUCCAGAUAAGAAUAUCGGUUGUGAUAUUAGCCAUGAUGUCAUGCAAUUCCUGCUAAACGAAAUAGAGAGAAUGGAAAAGCUGUUUCCUAACUCCUGGAGAGAUAAUCUACGAGAUGCCAAGGAAAAAGGAAAACAAGACGGAGCCAGGGGCUUCCAUGAUUUCUUCAGCCAGUGGAACCAGCGUGCUCGACAAGAAAGGCAAACGUACGACACGUUUAAGCAGCAAACACACCAGGGAUCCCCGUAUUCAAAGCGGUCGACCAACCCUCAGAGAAACGAAGCAAAGCGAUGGAUGAAACAAGCCAGAGAAGAUCUAAAUGCGGCUAAGCAUUUACACGCUCAAGUACCCAAAUUUCCUGCUUUAGUUUGCUUCUUAUGCCAACAAGCAACCGAAAAAGUGUUCAAGAGUGCCCUGUACGCAGCCUGUGGCAUUGCCGAGAGCCAACUAGAAACACAUGAUGUGUUGAACCUUGCCUAUGAGAUAACAGAGUUGAAUGGGUCUCCUGAGGACGUUCCUCUCCUGGCCGCUAAACUCAAGAAUUACUAUGAGCAGACCAGGUACCCUCACUUCCAUCGCAAUGAUGUGAUCCCUUCCGAUGCUUUCACCACCGACCAAGCACAAGAAGCACUGGACAUUUCAGAGUCACUCGUGGAAAAAAUAACACAAUUCGUUAACGAUAAUUUUGCUCGAGUGUAAUGUGGUAACCAAGACAUAAGCAUUUUUUUCUAAGGUGAUAAGAAUAAAAUAUAGUAUGUCAAGCAUGUGAAAAAUAGGUUUAAUAUGGCUUUGAAGUACACGUCAAGAGAUCAGGAAACUAUCAGUUCAUAGAUCGAGAGUCGAAAAUCGUCCUAAUUUAAAGAAGUUUUAAUAUCCAAGCCCUGGUCUUCCGAAUUUUCUUUGUUUGUUUGUUUUUUACAGAACAACAAAGAACAAAUAUGUUAGAAUUGUUAUAACCACAUGAUUUUUUAUGUCUAAAGAACACUCGCUCAUUUAUUUCAUCUUAGCAUUAAGUUUAUUUACACGUUAAUUAUAAGCACGCGAUAAAAUAUUUGGAAAAUGUUACAAACGCAGCUAAAUGCUGCCAUUAUGCAGACAAAGAAAGUCAGUAGUAUUUUUAAUAUGUAUAGGAGUAGAAAUUACCCGCGCAAUAAUUUAAAGCUUUUUAGCCAUCAUUGUGAAGCUGGUACCAAUGGAAAAACAAACUACAUAAUAACAUGUUUGUUUAGGAAGUUAAAGCAACCAAAAGAAAAAUCAUUUAUAAGUCUUGUUAGACAAGACUUGUCUUCAGUACCUAGCAGUUUUAAAAAAUCCAAAGGAGCCAUAAGUGAUCACAAGUGAUGAACUACUUGGGGCUUUUGAUCCUAAGGAAGGACUGGAACUCAAACACAUUAACUGCAAUGACUGAGGCUGCAAAUAACAGAAGAAACACUUGCGUAGGAAGAGAAAAGUUCCGAAGCUAAAUCAGCCUUAUUUCUGAUUUCAGCAUCUAACUGGCAGACAAGGUACUAUUUUCCUUCUGGUUGCCUUCGAGAAACCUCGCCGUAUUUUCACUUUUACUAAAAAAAGUAAACGUUGUUUCUGAAAAAAAA